AUGACUAAAACACAAGCUGUGGCGGAAAAGCAUGACGAAGAAUCUACCAGCCAGUAUGAGGUUGGCAGCAGGAUUAGCACACUCUUUGCUGAGGAAUUAGUCAAACAGUCAGGCAUAGCACAAUUCAGCCAGAAGCCUCUGGUCAUCUUUGACAAUGCCUGCGGGACAGGCGCGGUUUCUAGUGCCCUUCACAGGACUCUUAAGGAUGAGACUACGCGCAGCUGGCAGUUAACCUGUGGUGAUAUAUCUGAGGCCAUGGUUGAGGCUACCAAGCAGAAGAUGAACAAGGAAGGAUGGCGCAAUGCUGAGGUGAAGGUUGUGGAUUCGCAGGACACUAGGCUCCAGAGUGCGCACUAUACACAUAUCUUCUCAGCUUUUGCCGUAUGGAUAACACUUAUCCAAUCUGCCAUUGCACGCAUCUCAGGCGAUCUUCCUAUUCCGACAACAGAUGAUCUGUUCAGAGUAUACAACAAAAACUGGGCCGAUGAGACCAGUAUCCACGCUCAGUUUGAGCAAGCAGGAUUCACGGAUAUUAAGAUUGCCAUUGUGCCAAAGCAAUACCCCCUCCCCGUGCAAGAGCUCGCCGAGAUCUGCAAGAUCAGCCUCCCUCAUGUAACAAAAUUCUGGACGCAGCAGCAGCGGGAUCUGCAUUACAAUGAGGUUCCAAAGAUGGUGUUGCGAAUUCUGGAAGAAAAGAUGGGGAAGAAUGGACUUGCCUCCAUGGAGGCUGAGGCGUUUAUCGCAACAGCCAGGAAGCCAUGA